AAAACACUUAACUCAACAAACUUGAAAAUUACGCUCGCUCUCUCUUCUUUCUUUCAUCAUGGAUGCUGAGGGGAAAGCAGAGGGGAAAAAGGUUCAGGAAUCAGCAAGCACAGAGUUAGUCGUUGAUAUCCAUCAAGGAUUCACAAUAGAUGAAAGAGACCUUACACAACCUAGCAAGGGUCCUGGGUACUUCAGAGUUUUGGUAUGGAUAGACGAAAAAGAUGUACACGGAACGAAAGUGGUCAAGUCUUUUGGAGGCUUCCAUCAAUUCAAUGAAAGAUUAGUGAUUGAUUUACAUUCUUUUGAUUUCAAAUAUAUCUACAUUGAGUUGCAAAGAGGGGUUUGUUUUAAAGAUCCUGGAACAUCUAAUGGUACUGUUGUGAUGGGUCGAGUGAAGAUUCGAUUGCCUCCUUGGAACAGUUGCAACAAGUUCGCUUUUAAGGUCAACCUCAUUGGUUUGAAUAGUGACGGAUGUGUAGUUGCUAAGGGAUACCUAAAUUUGUCUAUGUAUCUUCAUAGGUAUCUUGCGUGAUAAUUUUUAGGGUUUUUUGUUUUGUUUUUUUUUAUCUUACUUGUGUUUUUGACUUUAA